AUGCUCGCCGUGCAGCAUCCUCCCAGGAUGGGUUCGACGCAGCCUGAGUCCGAUCCCUUGCUCAUGUUUGGGUACUCGGUGGACUCAUCUCAAGAAAAUCUCUUUGACGGCGCGCCCGAACCCGCGCCGGGGGCCCCGCUCCUUACGGAAAACGAUAGCAAGUUUUUGAGCUCCUUUUUCGAGGACAUGACCUCGAACCAGUACAAUAUGCCGUCGUUUGGCGAGGGCCUCAACUUCAGCGACGCCUGGCUGGAUCUUCCUCCGCAGUUUCUCGGAUCUUCCACCUCUUUCGGGCCACAAGACACUCCCGGCGCCUUUGCAUAUUCCGUCGGUCAACACAACGAUAUGUCUCGAAUUCUGUCCCCUGGAUCAGGCAUGAUGAUGCCGCCGCCGCCGCCUCCUCCCCCGCAGUCGCAGUCGCAGUCUCAGUCGCAGUCUCAGUCGCAGUCUCAGUCACAGCUGCAACCGCAACCGCAGCCACCGCACACGUUUCCCCUACAACAUUCGGACGAUGUCUUGAGUGCAGCGGCGACCUUGUUCCAGAAUGGCUCUCGUGCCAGCGCCCCGAAAAGCGGCGGCGGCGGUACCACUACCAGUGCCGAACACAGCAGUGCCCGGGGACCCGGCGUGUAUCCGGUCGGGCACCUGAGACACCAGCCAAUGGAGGAAUUCGAGGAAGAAAAUCGCCGAAGCGGUCAGAUUGCAGAAGCCGACCACACAUUCACCCGGUGGAUGUGGGGUUCCAAGGGCGCGGCGUCGGCCUCAAAGUCGGCCGUGACAGACUUCCAAUGGGGAUCAGAUGCAAGCUUCACCGAAAUUCAGGGAUACGUACCCGAGCCGAGGAAGGAGUCUGUGGAAUCCAUGCACCAGACCCAGAUGAAGUGCCUGGAAUGCCUCGAGGUCAAUCGGAGCGCGGUGAACAGCCGCCCUGCCAGCCCUGUCCACCGGCACCCCCCCACGAGCAGCAACGGGGACGCGCCCGUGUCCAUGAAGCGGGAAGACGACCCCAACGCGCCCCCGAGAAAGAGGAGGAAGAGCAAGAUUGUUCCGAGAGGCGGCGGCGGCGGCGGCGGCGGCGAAAACGACGACGACGACGACGACGACGACGACGACGAAGCGGGCGACUGCAACUCGUCGAAAUCCGGCAGGAAGCGAAAGAUCAAGCCGGAAAGGUCGGCCAGCGGCUCCGAGCCACCUUCGGAUACCACCGGCAGCGGCGGUCGGCGCCGCAAAGCUGCCGUCAACGGGGCCAAGCCGCCGCGGGAGAAUCUCUCGGAGGAGCAAAAGCGCGAAAACCACAUUCGCAGCGAGCAAAAACGGCGAACCCUGAUCAAGGAGGGCUUUGACGACCUCGGCGAGCUUGUGCCAGGCCUGCGGGGGGGCGGGUUCAGCAAGAGCACGACUCUAGCCAUGGCUGCAGAAUGGCUGGAGGACCUGCUUCGCGGAAACAAGGCUCUAACCAUGCAAGCCUCGGCCCUGGAGCAACAAUAG